GCGCCCGGCUCCGCGCGCCCGCCGCCCGGCGCCCGCCUCCGCGCUGCCCAGCCGGCCCAGGCCUCUCGCGAACAUGGCGCUCGUCCCCUGCCAGGUGCUGCGGGUGGCCAUCCUGCUGUCCUACUGCUCUAUCCUGUGCAACUACAAGGCCAUCGAAAUGCCCUCGCAUCAGACCUACGGCGGGAGCUGGAAGUUCCUGACGUUCAUUGAUCUGGUGAUCCAGGCUGUCUUUUUUGGCAUCUGCGUGCUAACGGAUCUUUCCAGUCUUCUGACCAGAGGAAGUGGGAACCAAGAGCAAGAGAGGCAACUCAAGAAGCUCAUCUCUCUCCGCGACUGGAUGUUAGCUGUGUUGGCCUUUCCUGUGGGGAUUUUCGUUGUCGCGGUGUUCUGGAUCAUUUAUGCCUAUGACAGAGAGAUGAUAUACCCAAAGUUGCUUGAUAACUUCAUCCCAGGGUGGCUGAAUCACGGAAUGCACACAACGGUUUUGCCCUUUAUAUUAAUCGAGAUGAGGACAUCGCACCAUCAGUAUCCCAGCAGGAGCAGCGGCCUCGCCGCCAUAUGUACCUUCGCUGUUGGCUAUAUAUUAUGGGUGUGCUGGGUGCAUCACGUAACCGGCAUGUGGGUGUACCCUUUUCUGGAACACAUUGGCCCGGGAGCCAGAAUCAUCUUCUUUGGGUUUACAACCAUCUUAAUGAACUUUCUAUACCUGCUGGGAGAAGUUCUGAACAACUAUAUCUGGGAUACACAGAAAAGUAUGGAAGAAGAGAAAGAGAAGCCUAAAUUGGAAUGAAAUUCAAGACUAAAUGGAAGAGCUGGAUUGAGCUGCCAUUGAAGACUCGUUACUGCUCAGGCAUUGGAAGCAAUGGCAUCACCGCCCAACCCAAGGGGAAGGACAUCUUUUAUACAAAAAAAUAUGCAUAAAAAUAGAAUACAGUUGUUUCCAAAAUGAUUCACCCUCAUUGUUUUAAAUAAUUCUUCCCAAAUUCAUUAUUGGUAAUAACAUCUUUUUUUUUUCCACUUUUCUACUUUUAAAACCAAAAUUGGGCAUUGGAUUUUUAUUUUUGCAAUUAUAACUCCAUCUAAUCAAGAAAGAAUAAAAUUCUAUUGUGCUUCUUAUUGAAAAAUAUGUUAAAGUCAAAGGGGCAGACAUAAAGCAAAGCUUCUGUGUAUUUAGCCCUAAGUGGCUGGAAAAUGAACCUAUGCCACCCUGUGGGCCAAGGGUAAGGGUAGAUGUUUCCUAUUGCAAUAAUGUCACAGUUGCUUCAAACAGGCAAUGUUAGUAACAAUGACAUCAAUUUAGUCUAAACCCUGAGUGUAUUUGAUCUCCUGAUUUAAUUGUGUGAAACUUUUCCUGGAUUCAAACUCUAACUUUAAUAAAGACCAAAACAACCCCAAACUGAUGUCAAAUGGUACAUCUCAAAAUCCUAACA